AUGACCUUCCGAGGUCUCAGCAUGGGAAGCCUUCUGGCGAUCGUGGCUGUUCUGCCUCUCCUGGCUCCAGCUAUCUCUAUCCCUCGCUCCUCGUCUCAUGUCGAGUUCGAGUCGAGUGCUAACAGCUCUAAGGAUACGACCCGUCCAUUCAACGCUGUCUUCUAUCCGCCUUUGGACUGGGCCCCUCCCCUUACGACCAACUCGGGGUCAUCUGGUAUCAAUUCGACCGUGAUCCAUUCGAACCUUACUGCACCUCACUUCGUAAGCUUUGCAAGCACCUCUUGCUCUGCUCUAGUGCCGUCCUACCCGGAUGAGUUCUGGUACGAAGCCAUUGAUCACAGCAACGCUCAAAGUUCAUUCCUCAACAAUAAAGAUGCGUAUAUCGUUUGGCGCAAUGUCAUCUCUGAUUUCGGCGCCGACAACACGGGAAACACAGACUCUACCGACGCGAUCAGGAACGCGAUCAACCACGGUGGAAACGGUCUUCCCGAACGAACAACGAAAGACACGUAUGGCGAGACAAUGAAGCCGGCUGUUGUGUACGUUCCUGGUGGAACUUAUCUUAUCUCCUCGACCCUUGAUCUAUACGCUGGAACAGUCAUCGUUGGUGACCCACUCAAUCCACCUGUCUUCAAGGUGGCAUCCACUUUCUCUGGUACCAAACUCAUCAGUGGGCGUGAUAGUACCUGGGGAUCAGCCACCCAGGUAUUCUACAUUGGUCUCAAAAAUGUUGUCAUCGAUUCUACAGGCUUUGAUAAAGACAGCAACUUCAUCCUAGUGUACUGGGCUGUCAGUCAAGCUACCCAACUACAGAACAUUGUUUUCAACAUGCCCAAAAACUCCGCCAGCAGUGGCCACAGAGGUGUUCAAAUGGGCAAAACAGACUACAACAGCAACAUUAUCAUCAACGACCUGACCUUCAAUGGCGGCUAUGAGGGCAUGCAUCUCAAUGGUCAACAGUGGGUUUUCAAAGGCCUGACGUUCACGUCGUGUACUACUGCCGUCAACAUUGUGAGCUGCACUGAUUGUGUCUUCCUGGGAACAAGUGUUUCUACUGUAGGCACUGGAUUCUCUGCCUAUGGUGUAUCUGGUAGUCUGAUCAUCAUGGAUUCGACCGUCAAGAAAUCUGGUCCUCUUGUGCUCGGCACAAGCGGCUACAAGGGCUAUCAGUCAAUCAUACUAGAGAAUGUCAUGUCUGAUGACGAGAACAAGGUCACUGUCAAGCUUGACGAUAACGCUUCUGCUGUGGUCGGGAGCGUUGCCGACACCUGGGUUCUUGGACAGACCUACAAGUCUAACGAUCCCACCCCCGGUAGAGGUGGCAAUGUUCGGACCCAACGAGCCGAAGUCCUCCUCCAGAACGCCAGAUUCUUCACCAAGACCCAGCCCACAUUCCAAGAGUACUCUGUUGAUCAAGUACUGAAUGUGAAAUCUGUAUCAGGCUUGGCAGUAUAUGGCGAUGGCCAGACAGAUGAUACCGCCAAUAUCAAUGCUAUUCUCAAGAAGUAUGCCGGCUGCAAAGUCAUUCACUUCCCGGCUGGUACCUAUAUCGUCACUGAUACCAUCCUUGUCCCUCCUGGCUCCAGAAUCCAUGGCGACGCUUAUGGUUCGGUAAUCAGCGCAACAGGUGGUAGAUUCUACAAUCCCAACUCACCCACGAAUGCUGUCCAGAUCGGAAAUGCAGGCGAUGUUGGCGUGGCACACGUCGUCGAUAUGAUGUUCAGCGUGGCCGAUGUCCUCCAGGGAUGCAAGAUUCUGGAGGUCAACAUGGCUGGUAGUCAGCCUGGUGACGUGGGUCUUUGGAACACCCACAUCCGCGUUGGCGGUGCUGCCGGGUCCAAGGUCCAAGACAAUUGCAAUGGCAGUCCUUACAGCUGUAAGGCUGCAUGGGGUAUGGUUCAUCUGACCAGCACCUCUUCUGCCUACAUCGAGAACAUGUGGGGCUGGACCGCCGACCACAAUCUUGACACAGGUGGCAGUCCUACCAUCUCCGUUGCUCGUGGCAUGCUGAUCGAGGCUACCAAAGGUACCUGGUUGGUCGGUACAGGCUUCGAGCAUAACACAUUGUAUCAGUACAAUUUCUAUCAAGCCGAAGAUGUGUUCACUGCCAUGCAACAAACGGAAACGCCGUACUUCCAAGGGUACAACGAGGAUGUCCUUGCCCCUGCACCUUGGGCAGACAAUCUUGUCGCCUCUGACCCUACUUUCAGUAACUGUGGCUCUGAUGAUACCUCUUGUCGCAUGGCAUGGAUGGAACACAUCAGCAAUUCUUCGAACUUGUCCUAUACGCAAAAUGCCAUCAAUGUCGACAAGGAAUCCUCCGCCGUCUAUCUCUACGGCACAAACGUCCAUUGGGUAACGAACAUGUUCCUCAGCGACUAUACCGUGAUUGCUACUGAGAAGACCAAUGAAGGAGGUUGGGGAGGUGUCGUCGCCGCCUAUCAAUUCGAUGCCAGCGCACCUAACAACGGGAAAACGGUGGUGGCCAGAGCACUGGAUCACGAACGUAUCAUUGUUCUUGCGUUCUUGAACAAUUUCGGCAACGGUCAAACUCCCGAUGGCAACUUUGGAAACGAGUGUUACAUCGACAACAGUGGCAACGGCGACUGCGGACAACUCGCCAAUGAUAUCAAUACAUGCCACGAUGCCGGUGUCAAGAUUAUUCUCAGUAUUGGCGGAGCCGAAGGAACCUAUGGAUUGAGUGGUAACGGUGAUGCCACUGGCGUCGCCUAUUCUCUGUGGAACGAAUGGGCCCGCCCCAAUGGCGUCGACCCAUCUGCGCCUCGGCCCAUCGGCGACUCCUACGUCGAUGGCUGGGACCUCGAUAUCGAGAAGAACCCGAACGGCAGUUCACAGUACCUGGACGAGCUUGUCACUGCUCUUCGUUCGCACUUCGCUAGUGAUCCGGAUCAUCACUACUAUGUCACUGGCGCCUCUGAGUGCCCUAUUCCCGAACCCUGCAUGGGCGAUGCGAUUACAAAGUCUCAGCUCGACUACAUUUUUAUCCAGUUCUACAACAAUGACUACUGCUCUGCUUAUCAAGAGUUCCGCAAGGACACUGACGGUGGAUUCAAUUAUGAUGACUGGGUCGACUAUAUUCGGGGCACUCCUUCGCAGGACGCGAAGCUCUUUAUCGGUCUUCCUGCGUUUAAGCUUGGCUCGACUGACGACGAUAGUGGUUCAAAGUACUACAUCCGUUCUAGCGAGCUACCCACUCUGUUGAACGAGUACAAGACUCAUAACAACUUCGGUGGUGUGAUGCUUUGGGACGCCGGGUACUCCGACUCUGUCAAUUUCAACGGAUGCAACUACGUGCAAGAGGUUGGUCGUGUCAUGGCUACAGGUGCCGGAUGCUAG